CAGGGUGACUGUGCGAUUCGCUAUUAUGAAGUGAACAAUGAGUAUCCGUUCGUGCAUUAUAUCAACACCUAUACAACAUCGGAGCCGCAACGAGGAAUUGCAUUUAUGCCCAAACUCGGCCUCAAUUCCAAUGAAAAUGAGAUUGCACGUAUUUAUAAAGUCACAACCAAGGGAGUUGUGGAUGAAUUACAGUUCUUCGUACCGAGAAAAUCGGAUUUGUACCAGUUUAUUUCCACUCCCAUUGAUCCAUGGAUCACUUGGGAUGCAGCCAUCGCUAAGCCAAAAGUACAAGUGGCCAAAAAAGCCAACAUUCUUGCUCAGCUUCCACCCAGCCAGGAGUCGGCCGCACCUCGUCAGCAAGUUGAACAGAAAAGAAUUUCCUCAUAUGAGGAUGUAACUCGCGAGGAAUCGGCCGCUUUAUCCCGGCAGUCAGCAAGACCGAAAAGCAUGCUUGUUGGACCAGUGGACGAGGAUACCGGUAUCGUGAGGAUAGAACGUGCUGGUACCGGUGGUAGUGGCGGCGGUGGAGCAGCCCCGGAACGUGAACAACGUCCACCGAGACCGCGUAGUCCGGAACGUCCAAAUCCGAUGAUCCCUCGCCAACAGGUGCAGUUGCGAUCGCAUAUGGACAGAGAUGGCGCACAAAUGACCCCGGGCCAAAGGAGAAUAACGGCUGACUUGGAACGCAUCAAGAGAGAGAAGGAUCGAGAACCAGAUCGAGAUGAACAACUUGCACCGCCACAGCAAAUGAUGCAUUCGAAUUCGGCAUCACCAAGGCAUAGUGUAAGCGGCGCAUCCGAGCCAAAUUCGAUGGAGGAAGUGCUCGCAGAUUUGAACAAAAUCAAGGCAAUUCUACGACAACACGAAAGAAGAAUACGUUUGCUGGAGGACGAGAUAGCGGAUAAAAAUAUGGCUGAUACGUACGGAUUCUAA